AUCAGCCGUAGUAUAUAGUUCUGAAAUAAUAACAAAAAUUCCAUUGCAGCUAUUUUGGCAUUAAAUUACAUCAAAAUGGAUGAUAAAUAUGAAAGUGUUAAACUUGUCUAUAGUAUACACAAGUACUCAAGUUAUUCCGCCAACUAUAUACCCGAGAAUAUCAUGGUAAAUAACCCUACGGACCAGCUCUCCAGAUGGUUCACAGACAGCAACAUUCCAUCACAGUUCAUUAUGUUAAAACUGAAAACACCUUCAAUUGUGGAAUGUAUUAAAUUCGGAAAGUACAUAAAAGCCCAUGUCAGUGACCUGAAGAAAUUUCAAAUUUUUGGUGGGACGGAAGAAAAUAAAUUGUCCCUUUUACUAACCGCUGGUCUCAAGAAAGACAGCGCAGCAGAGAUAUUCAAGCUCCGCUGCAAGACGUCAGAAGGCCUAUACCUCCCCGUACAGUACAUCAAGAUAGUUCCCCUACAGUCAUGGGGCCCAGCCUACAACUACACUAUAUGGUAUGUGGAACUCACUGGGAAGAACCAGGAACAAAUCGUCAGCAACGCUUUGGAGACCAUCAAUUUACGUAAAGAAGAAGAAGCAGUGCGUAUGCUAUUAAAGCACUUACGUCGCCGUCGCUACAAGGACGCAUUCGAAGCGCUCUCGCGGGAGAGUGGAGUGCGCCUCGAGGGACCCAUUCAGGCACGCUUCUGGAACGCACUCGUUGAAAAUGGCGACUACAAACAAGCUGAAAAGAUAUUUGAUGAAGCUAUUGCUGAGGGUGAGUUAGACUGGUACAUGUCGUGGCAGCCGUACUCGCCACUGUGGCGGGAGAUAUCGUCGUGCUCCUCGCACGUGGAGGACCGGCUGUGGAGCACUGACGCCCCGCCCGCCCCACCAGUCAGGCAGAACGAUCUCAUUUGCACUGACAGGGACCCGAGACCUGAUACCACUGAGGGGCCGACAGAUGACAUGGACGCGAGCGACAUGGCCGAGGCGAUGAGCGUGGCGCUGAGCUACAACAAGCCCGGCCCGCGCGGCGGACAUCAGCUGGUCGUCGACGCCACCACUGGUACGUUAUACCUGUUCGGUGGUUGGAACGGCAUCGAAGACCUGGAUGAUCUAUGGUCGUUCUGCACCAACACGGAGCGCUGGAGGAUCCUGUGCCCCAACAGUGGUCAGGUCGGCGGACCCUCGCCCAGGUCCUGCCAUAAGAUGGUGUUCGAUCCUGUGCAUCGACGCCUGUUCACUCUUGGCCGGUACCUCGAUAAUGCGCAACGAAUACCCAGCAACAUGAAUAGCGACUUACACAUGUUCGACGUAACUACUGAGGAGUGGUCGUUGGUCUGCCACGACACGGCGGCGGUGGGCGGCCCGCGCCUCGUCUUCGAUCACCAGAUGUGCAUCGAUCCUGACACACAGACCAUCUACGUGUUCGGGGGAAGGGUGCUGCCUGCUCUCUCUGAGGAGGUGGUGAGCCCGCAGUACUCGGGGCUGUACGCGUACUACAUCGCGACGAACUCGUGGCAGCUGCUGCUGAGCGACUCGCACGAGCUCAACGCGCCGCAGGCCCGGGUCUCGCACUCCAUGCUCUUUCAUCCCGUCCAGCGCCGCCUAUACAUGUUCGCGGGGCAGCGCAACAAGGAGCACCUGGUGGACCUGUGGUGGUGGGACGCCGCCACCGGCCAGUGCGGCGCGCUGUGCCGGGGCUCCGCCGCGCCGCCGCCGCCGCAGGCCGGCUUCACGCAGCGGGCUACCCUCGACCCUGAUACUGAUGAGAUGUUUGUGCUCUCUGGUAUGAGCAAAGAGAAGGACAAGCGCGUGUACAACACGCUGUGGGUGUUCUCGCUGCGGCGGCUGACGUGGACGUGCGUGUACCGCAACGACAGCGUCAGCCCCAGCGAGCCGCGCCCGCGCUUCGCGCACCAGCUCGUCUACGAUCCCGUCAAGAAGAUCCACUACCUAUUCGGCGGCAACCCCGGCAACCAGUCCAGCCCACGUGUUCGCCUAGACGACCUGUGGUCGCUGCGCCUGCGCCGCGCGUCGCUGCAAGGCGCAGCUCUGUCGGCGCGGUCGGCGCUGCGCGAGGCGUGCUACAAGGAGCUGGCGGCCGCCGCGGCUGCACACCCCGACCCUGCCGCCGCCGCCACGGCGCUGCAUUACUUAAGGAAUGACCUGUUUGAGGUGCUCGACCAGAAUCGACCGGACCAGGUGCUCCGCUUCCAGCGCCUAGCAACGAUCCUGUUCUCGGGCACGGCGCCGGGCGAGACCGCCGCGUGCGCGCUGUCCCCGCGCCGAGCCCGGGCGCUGGCCCGGCGCCGCCACGCGCAGCCCGUGCCCUGCGACCUCGCGCACGCACUCGCACAGGUCCUAGGCGCCGACGACACAGCCCCCGAGCCGACCACACCGUUCGAAGAGACCACUGAGCCCACUCCAGAGACCUGGGACAUCGGCCAGGAUGACGAGCUCUCGGCCGAGCGCGAGAAGACCGCGCAGUGGAACGCGCGAGCUCAGCGCAUCAAGCUGUAUGACGCGCUCUGCAUCUUCUUCCGACCCUCCAUGGUGCCGCCCAAGGGAGACAUCACCGAUCUCGUCAUGCUGUAAACUGAUGCUAAAACUAUGGUGAUAGGUACGUCACAUCAAACAAAUGUUCGGGAAACAUUGUCCGUACCUAUUUGCGUUUUAAAAACACAAAUGAAUUAUGGUAUUUGUUACUUUUUGAUGUUAGACCGGUCUUUGUAUGCCCAUUUUGUUUACAAAAAUCAACAUAAAUAAUGUUCCUACUUACGUAAACUUAUUGAUAUUCGCAAAAUCCACCUAUCACCAAAAAUCUUCGUUAAAAAAACUAAGUUCAAAACAUUUUAGUGAUACGUACAUUUAUCACAACUACACUGAUUUGAUGUCUUAUUUAUUACCGUGUACUGUUACUAUUAAUAAACAUACUAUUAUAUCACAAUCGUUUCGUAAUUAACGAUUAUGGAUACCGUAGUAUUUGUAUUGAUGUUAUUGUGCGGGCUGUGAGAACAACGUUGGUUUAAGAUUCACACAACGAGCUGGUAUCGUUUCCAUUGAUAUAACAUUGGCCCAGUGCCGUUGUAAGCUUGACUUCCCGCAUAGCAGGUUAGUCUAUUUGUACUGUUUUGGCUGUUCUAGAAGUUACAACACCAAUGAAUUCAUUUUAAAGAUGGAAUAAAAUGUAAUAUAUCUUCAUCGUUGUUCUCAUGUCCACGCUAAGUAAACCACAGAUGUAAAACUGCAUGUAUAUUAUAUGAAUACCUAUUAUCAUUAUUCUACAUACAAUAUAUCUUUAACGUAACAAAUGUAAUCGUACUAUAUUCUCUUUAUGUACUACUCAAUGUAUUUCACAAGUGACAAUAUUUUGUAGCUACACAUAUAAAAGUAUAAUUUAUUUUAGUUUUCAGUAAUGUCUGUUUUUUGGACAUGGUAUGAGCAUUUUUAAGUUUAACGAAUAUAUUUUUAAUUACCUAUUGCAAGACUGACAUAAUGACAAAGAUUGGGUAGAUCGGUGUUCUUCUUGAAUUGCUUAUUAUUUAUCUACUGAUAAGUUGAAAUUAAGAACUCAAAUCAUCAGAACUUAAAUUAUACAUAUCUGUGACUUUUUGCUCAAUAGUCACCGUACGUGUUCAUAAGCUUUAUAUAAUCUCCACUAUUAGUCAGCAUUUUGAAUAGGCCAUCUUCGGAUUCCUAAUAACAACCAUCAACAAGAGGGAAUCUAAUUCAUUGCAAGCUAUAGUAUUUACAGUAUACAGUCACUCAUUUUGUCAAUCUUGCAAGCUGUGUGCAGCUAACUGUGGGAUGUACGCCGCAGCUGUAGCAACUAAGAGGCUUGUCUCCUUUUUGAAAUUGUAAAUAUCUAACUAUAGAAAUUCUCAAAGAAUGUACCUAUGAAUAAGCGUGUACGGCGGUGUUCCCAAGAAGUCUAGUCAGCAUUGAAUACUGAGUUGUACGCGGUACAUUCUAACACAUUUAUACUAAAAGACAUUUUGCAUUUCACUCAAAUAUUAUAAGUAAAUAGUUUUGGAAGUUAUAAAUUGUUCAUUAACUUAACACCUUUUUUUAUUCAAAUUGAAAAUACAAAUAAUGUAACCUGUGACAAAACAAUGCACAUUAUAAUAGUCAGCUUUUUAGAAUUAGUAAGAUGGGGGCGCGUGUUUACAGACUGUGAUAAAGUUGCUGUUAUCGAUAGAUGUAAUUAUCUGAGUAAGGGAUCUGCCACGGGAGGGUGUAGGGGGAUGUUGCCAAAUUUUACUACUAUCACAGGGAAGGAAUGUUUUAUGUGUAUUUUAUUUUCCAAAUAAUCACGUACUUUUACAAAUAAUAGUUUAAAUUAUCCUUAGUGUACAAUCAAGCACAUUAUUGUAUUGUAUUCGAUGACAGUAAGAACAGUUGACUGUGUUUUAGCAUUUGGUGUCUUGAAUAAGUUUAUCAGCUACAUAGUGUUAAAUUCAGUAAUGUUUAUGAAUAAUGUUACAUUUAAGAAUUUCAGCGGGUUCUUGCUUCGUAGUCGUCACAGUAUUUACAGUAGGAUGGUACUUGUUUUACUGAAUGUAUUCAUGUUUUAUUGAUGUUCAAUGUGAAAUUCAGUGUUUUGUAGCUCGAUAUGUGCAGUUGGAAUUUGAAAUUAUUGUAGUAUUUAUUGACAGUUCCAGACAGCAAAAAUCACAUUCAGAAAUAUUGAAAUUAAUAAGAUAUAAUCUGCACUACGUAAGACUAUAUUAUUCAUACGUAAAAUUAUAUAAUCUGUAGUGAAGCUCAAUGUGAAUUUUAGAUCAUUUUACUCCCAAAUGCUCGUGAUGUACUAGCUGUACAGUCUACAUAAGUUGUGUGCACACAUUUAUGUUGCCUACUGUACCUUGUCCCGAAAUACUCGAGCGUAUCUGUAAAUAUUAGUGUUAUAUCACGUAAUUAAGAGAAAUUACGUACGUACGCACGAGACGUCUUGUAAAUAAUGCAUUUUUAUUCGUGUAAGAGUAAAUUAUUUGUUUUCAAUUUGUAACUUGAAGCAUUCUCAGUCUGUAUGUACAUAAUAUAUGCGUAUUAAACUCA